GUUGAAGAAAAUUGGAAUCAAGAAAAAUACGACUUCCUAAGAUGAUACUUAUUAGUAAAGUGAUCAUCUGAGAAAUUAACUCGAAUAUUAUUAAAAUCUAAAAUUAUCAUGUCCCAUUUCUUUGUCCUUCCCAAUGGUUUUAGUAUAUAUAAGAAGUGUUAACAUACUCUUAAAAAACUUACCAAUGGCUCAACAUGAAACUUCUUCUUGGUUAAUUGUUCUUUCUCUUCUUUCAAUCAUUGUGUCCUUUUAUGGUGUUUCUUGUGUAAAUCUUGAUCAUGGAAAUGGUUACAUAUCGGCUGUUGGCGAUUCGGGGAUGAGAAGGGAUGGUCUAAGAGUUGCUAUUGAAGCAUGGAAUCAAUGCAAUGAAGUUGGAGAAGAAGUGCCUAAAAUGGGAAGUCCAAGAGUUGCUGAUUGCUUUGAUGUCUAUAAAGCUUCUCCUCAAUCACAAGGGGAAAAUAAUUGUUCUCUUUGCAAUGCAAUACCAUACAUGUUGGUACAUAAAGUGACAGAGGAAGAAAACAGGUUAGGCAAAGGAAAAUCAUUUCUUGGAUUGGAGAAAAAGGCAAUUCUUGAUGUUGAUCAUUAUGCAGCACAAAAAGAACUUUACUUGGGAUCAAAAUGUCAAGUUGAAGACAAGCCAAAUCCUUGGCAAUUUUGGAUGAUCAUGCUCAAGAAUGGAAACAUGGAUACAUACGCUGCUAAGUGUCCGAAAAACGGGCUCUUAUCAGGCCCGUAUGGGCCUGAUAACAACUUUCCGUGUUUCGGAAAAGGGUGUAUGAACCAACCAUUGAUUUUUCACAACUACACAACUUUACAAGGUGUUAAUAGGACUACACUUAAAGGGAGUUUUUUUGGUACAUGGGAUUUGCAUAGUAGAAUGAGUAAAUCAAGAACAGAGAAUAAUUCAUUUUAUUCUGUGAAAUGGAAGAAAGAAUUGGGAAAAGGAAGUUGGAUUUUUCAUCAUGUGUUGAAGACAUCAAAUAAGUAUCCUUGGCUUAUGCUUUACUUAAGAUCAGAUGCUACAUUUGGUUUUUCUGGUGGAUAUCAUUAUCCAACUAGAGGCAUGUUAAAAAUUAUACCAGAAUCACCAAAUUUUAAGGUGAAAUUCACCUUAAAUGUGAUAAAAGGAGGAGGUCCAAACAGCCAAUUUUACUUGAUGGACAUAGGGAGUUGCUGGAAGAACAAUGGCAAGUCAUGUGAUGGAAAUGUAACAACAGACGUUACGCGAUACAGUGAGAUGAUCUUGAAUCCAGAAACACCAUCAUGGUGCAAACCAGAUAGCCCAAAAUUAUGUCCACCAUACCACAUUUUCCCAAAUGGAUCAAGAAUUCAUCGAAACGAUACGAUUCGUUUCCCUUAUGAGGCUUAUCAUAUGUAUUGUGCACCUGGAAAUGGUGAACACAUUGAGGAACCUAAUGUUCAUUGUGAUCCUUAUAGUAAUCCUCAACCUCAGGAGAUUUUGCAGAUUUUGCCACAUCCUGUUUGGGGGGAUUAUGGUUAUCCUACUAGGAAAGGAGAUGGUUGGAUUGGAGAUCCAACAACAUGGGAACUUGAUGUUGGGAACUUGUCACAAUCACUUUAUUUUUACCAGGAUCCAGGAACUACACCAGCAAGAAGGAAAUGGACUUCAAUCAACUUGGGAACUGAAAUUUAUAAAGAUCCAAAUCAAGUGGCAGAGUGGACAGUUACUGAUUUUGACAUUCUUGUACCUAAAUAAAAGUUUUAGAUGUAGAAAAGAGAAAAAAAAUUAAAAAGAAAAAAAAUUUCUUUAUUAUUAUUUACAAAUUUGGGAAAGAUUUAAAUUUGGUCUGAAGAAAGACCACAAGUUUUCUCCAA